UUUUCGGGGUGGACUGGUUCCCAGACCCCCCCCGCCUGGGUGUGUGACGUCAGUUUGGGUCGGCCUCAGUAGUGAAAGGCCAAAUGGGCAGCAUCUAGUGGUGGCCAGCAUGAUACAAUGAAUACAAGCAGACAGGAAAAAAGCACGCCCGGCAGUGAUUUCCACUGACGUCACGCAAAUCGACGCAAGAUCCUACCUUGUAUUCAUUGAAUCAUCGGUGGCCAGUCAGACAGAAACAGCUGCCGGUUGCUACGCGACGUGUUUAUGUUUGACGGUUAUUUCGAACAAAUGACAAUGCAGCCUGAAGGUGAGCGGUCGUUAAGGGCAGGUUUUCGCCAGGUGCCGAUCAGAAAGCGGCUGCAGGACCAGUUCGAUCAGUGCGAAGACGCUCAGAAGCCCCACGGCGCAGAACCAGCAAGCCGAUGUCUGAGGCAACUGGUCAGAAGCUUCCGGUCGAUGCGCAUCACUGUGACGGAUCUAAGGCAGGAUGAGCUUCCCGCCGAGCAGAUCGCCGUGCUGCGCAAAGCCUUCGAGGCGUUCGACAGCCAGAAGUCUGGCAGCAUCCCAUGCGACAUGGUGGCCGACAUUCUGCGCCUGAUGGGCCAACCGUUCGACAAGCGCAUCCUGGAGGAGCUGAUCGAUGAGGUGGACGCGGACAAGUCCGGUCGGCUGGAGUUCGAGGAGUUCGUCACGCUGGCCGCCAAGUUCAUUGUGGAGGAGGACGACGAGGCCAUGCAGAAGGAGCUGAAGGAGGCCUUCCGGCUCUACGACAAGGAGGGUAACGGGUACAUCCCCACCUCGUGCCUCCGGGAGAUUCUGCGCGAGCUGGACGAUCAGCUGACCGACCGCGAACUGGACAUGAUGAUCGAGGAAAUCGACACCGACGGCUCGGGAACGGUGGACUUUGACGAGUUCAUGGAGAUGAUGACCGGCGAGGUCUAGCGCGCCGUUAGUUUAAGCAUGUCCAAUUGGGAAUGAAAACGUGCGUUUUUCUCGGAAGUUCCAGCCUGCGGCCCUCGGGAACCCCCCACAGACUGCGCGCACGCGUAACAAGUUGCCGAGUCGA